AUGGAUGUGGUACCUUCUAGCGACGCAUCGCCUGCCACUCCGAGCUCAAAUGAAGCGACUAAUGAAGAGGAAACACCUAUGGAAUCUUCACCCGACCCCAGUCUGGAUGGCAAAUCUGAACCUCUUCAGAGCUUUAUCAGAAUCGAUAUGGUGGUCGCUUUUGAAAAGAUAUUUCAAGAACCCGUCGGCUACAGUUGGGAAAACGCUAUUCACCAUGGCAUCUACUUAAACGCCCUCUUGGCGGUGGAAAUGUGUGCAAUCACAGCUGACAAGGACAUACCCGAGAUCCUUGAAUUGGAAUCCAUCGUCUUCGAUCCCAAGGCAGUUUUUCACAUGAACAGUGUAAGGGACUCCGCUGUAUUGCAUUCAAUACAAAUGGGCAAAUCAGAGGACGCCUUUGACAACUUCCCGCAGAUCGUCUCUGUGCUGCCGCAUCUAGGCGCCGACCCGGAGGAGGCAGCGGAAGAGCCGGAUGCAGAGUCUACGGACUCGGCGUCUGACAGCUCUGUGCUGCUGGUCUACGCUGGGUCGCCCGAGAGCAAAACGCUU